AAAGCAGCUGUGAAUUGCCUGUGAUUUUGCCAACUUCUAGGCUAGGUCAUUAUGGCCACCAAAACAAGAAAUUACGGUAGAGGAAUUCUGCGUUUUACUUCACUGCAGCCCUGUAGACGACCAGGACAAACAGCUUCUGCAAACGAUACUCUCAAACAGGAAGGAGCACUGUUAAAUUCUCGCGUGCAAAAUGGUGGCGAAAUGCACGUGCAGAGAAACGGUGGAGUAGGGAACGUCCCUACACCACCAGCACAAAAAGGAGGUAAACCAGUAAGAUUAUUGGCAAAGUACAACUAUAAGGCGAAUCCAGCCAAACCUGGAGGAUUUGAUGAGUUAGCUUUAACACAAGGAGAGAAAUUAGUUUUUGUCCGACCGCACCCUUUAAAUCCAUUCUGGUGGGAGGCAAAGAAUGAAAAUGGAGAAGGAGGAUUCGUACCAGCAAGUUAUAUGAUGGUUCUUGAAGACAAAAUUACCUCUCUACCGUGGCUUGAAGAUGCUGAAAAGGAAGACACAGGAAUAGAAAAUGAACAGGCCAAAGGCAAUCCAGGUGCCAAACCAGCUCUCAGACCUUAUGUAUCGGGGAUCAAGAUGAUAACUUCCACCUGUUAAGUUUGAGUAUUCUCAUUACCUUUUUGCUGGAUGAUGGAUAUUUUAGCAAGAAGUUACAUGUUAAUCACUUCUGGAAGUUCGAGGGUUUACAAAUGCUGUUAACUCUUAUUUGUUUUGUUAAAUUAACACUUUUACUCCCAAAAUCUCUUAAGAACAGCUCCUUGCUGUUUGCCAUACAAUUCUUGUGAUGUUAGUACAAAUAAUUUGGUAUUAGCUAGUAAUUCCUUUGUUGAUAUCUUUUCUUUAUUCUCAUCACUUGUCUUCUUGAUGUUGUAUUGAUAUUGUAAGGAGAAAUUCUGCCUUGGUCACUCAUGGGAGUAAAAAAAGGUUGAAGCUUGUUGCAUGUAGCCUUCAUAAAAAGCCAAUCAACUUGAAACUAGUAAAACUUCUGUUGUUUCUCUCAUCAGCUUGUGCCAAUAAUGUCUGGGAUACAAGUUAAAAGAAUGUUUCUCUGAAAGUUUAAAACAUGUUAGUAAUUCAAUGCUGUAGGUUGUACACCCAGAGUUGCAGAGUAUCAGAAUUUUUAAUGGCAAUUAAGCUCAGGGGAAAUUGUAUUUAUUUUUCAUAUUUGUUUCUCGGAAAAGUGUAAUUUAUUUGAGUACUAGGUAAUGAAAUAAUAAAAUUUGCAUUUGGUACAUAAA